AUGUUUAGUAUCGUGAUAGAGGUAGUAUACGUGAUGAAAUUGCGCGCUCGCGCCUUGGGCGCUCGCGCCGUUGGCGCUGGCGCUGGCGCCUUCACGCUGGCGCAGUUGGGCGCUGACCCUAUUUGGCGCUGGUGCCAUGGGGCGCUGGCGCCGUUGGCGCGGGCGCUUAAGGGGCUGGUGCCGGUGUCGCUCGCGCCUAAGGCGCUGGCGCCGUUCGCGCUGGCGUAG